CGUUUCUUCUGGAAUAAUUUAUGCAUCUGUCAGUGCUGGUGGAGUGGGUUAGUAGGAGUGGCCCAGGCGCUGGCUGCCUGCUUUGCAUGAACCGUGGACUCUCCAAGUUAGCGGCUGCAGCGCGGAUAUUUCCUGUCAGACAGAGCCGAGCCGAGGCGAGGCUAGGGCGGAGGAGAGAGUGAGGGAUGGCAGAGAGUAGCUCCGAGACGAGCGGCUCCGUUCACCGGAGAUGUGUGGCCCAUUCCCCGGCGGCGGAGAGAAACAUUUCAACCGGUGUCGGGGCAUCGAAGUGGAUCCGCCUGAACGUCGGGGGCACGUAUUUUCUAACGACGAGACAGACGCUGUGUCGGGAUCCAAAAUCAUUUCUGUACAGACUGAGCCAGGCUGACCCCGAGCUCGACUCCGACAAGGAUGAAACUGGUGCCUAUCUCAUAGACAGAGACCCUACAUACUUUGGGCCAGUGCUUAACUACUUGAGGCAUGGCAAACUGGUGCUCAACAGGGACUUGGCAGAGGAAGGUGUUUUGGAAGAAGCCGAAUUCUACAACAUUACAUCAUUAAUAAAGCUCAUCAAGGACAAGAUCAGGGAACGCGACUGCAAAACAUCACAGGUUCCAGUGAAACAUGUGUAUCGGGUGCUGCAGUGCCAGGAGGAGGAGCUGACACAGAUGGUGUCAACCAUGUCGGACGGCUGGAAGUUUGAACAGCUUGUCAGUAUAGGUUACGGGCGGGCCCACCAGUCAGAGUUUCUGCUGAUUGUGUCAAGGGAGGUGAAGGGAGAGGAGUCUGCUUUGCCAAACAACAGCGGAGAGCUGGUCAGCAUAGGCUCCUCUUACAACUACGGAAACGAAGACCAAGCCGAGUUCCUGUGUGUAGUCUCCAAGGAGCUGCACAAUCAAUCAUACGGGACAAACAGUGAGCCCAGUGAGAAGGCUAAGAUUCUUCAGGAAAGGGGUUCCCGGAUGUGAAGAGGACUUAGUAUUAUGAGCUCCAGGUGUUAUGAGGCAAACAUAUCACCUCUGUGGAAGAACGUCUGGCACAAUGGAGAUUUAAAAGGGGGGGGGGGGUGUACAUUUAUGUUGUUUCCCCUCCAUCUUUAUUUUUAUUUCUUGAUGUAAAUAAGUCUGUUUACUGACAAGUUGUGCCUGUACACUUAAACUGGACCUUUAUGAAUUUGCAGCACGUUUUUUUUUUUCUUUUCUAAUUGAGAGUAAGGAAAAGCAAUCUACAAAUUUUUUAUGCUAUAAAAUAUGGCCGUCAUCAUAUGAGGCCAAUGAUUCACUCAGGGUCAUCUGUUGAAUUAAUUCUACUCUCCAGCUCAAGGGUCUGGUAAGGGAUCAGUACGGUCUGUGUAACUCAAAAGUAUCAACUCAAAAUCAUUUUUUUAAAGAUGUUAAGAAGGGAAUUGUGCAUUUCUUUAGUGCAUGUUUGAGAGUCGGGCUAUUAAAUGUGAAAUUCACCCCCAAAAACAAGUUGACAUGUCUUUUCCAAAGAUUUCAAACUGUUACACUGAGAUUUGUGAUCAUGAGGAUCCCAACUACACAUCACUCAUUUUGUCAGAUGUGUUGGAGGUGGCAUUUUUUUUUCUCAGUUACGGUUAAUGGUCAGAAAAGGGACAAAAAAUGUCACUGUGAUCUGACUGCAAUGCUGAAGGGGCAUUAGGUAAUUUAUCAAAUACAGGUCCUUUUAUUGGUGAUGAGAAAAAGACCUAUAAUGAAGAGAAGUCCCAUUUUCACAUUGUCUAAAUAAGCUCACCUGAGAGAGACGGCAGAUGCAGGACAUUUCUUUUUCAUGCACUUUCUUGGCUGGAGAAGUAAAUGUGUUGCUACCGUAGCUGCUUGUGGCACCGUGCACUGUAUCUUGCAACCUUAGUAACCCAACUACCCACUGAUACGGUCAUGUGUGCUGUGAGGUCAGCUAAUUGUUACAUUUCCAGGAAGUCCACUUAUUUUUAUUAUAAGGGUCGAACGUUUUUUAGUUUUAAUCUUAGUCACGUAAAGAAAGAAAGAUUUAAUGUCUGAGUGCAAGUUUAUAUCAAUCUUCAGAACUUGUAGUUUAGUUUGAGACCUCAUGUUCAUAAAUCUAAAGUUAACUGCCAAAAACAUUUAUUUUGUUUAAAGGUGAUGAUAUUUUUUUUGACAUAAGUGUCCACCAUUAAUUUCCUGUUUACUGUGUGGGGGGAAAAAAACAUCCUCGAGACAAAGGUGUUUUUUAAUUUUUCCCACCGACGGCUGAGUUUUCCUUUAAUGGCUUGUUUCGUAUGUUUGGGGAACGUCUCGUUUAUGAUCUUUUUUUUUUCGAGGGGAAGUAUUUGUUGUGUUUGGGGACUGGAACUGUUUGACGGCAGUGGCGAAGGACUUUCUGUUCAUAUCCAGAUGAUUUUUGUUUUGAUGUAAAUAAUCCAAAUUCAAUAUUAAUAUUUAACUCUUAACAGAAAAACUGCACGUUUUGUACACUGUAUAGAAAACACAACUCCAAAAUGGAAGUUGUUUAUACUGGAUCUUUAAAAAAAAAAA